UUCAACAAGUCGUUUUGCAACACUCGCGAGUUGUGAUUUUCCCAACACUAGAGCUGUCAUAAAAUACAAGCGUGGACUGACUGCGGCAUCCAAAAGAAGCAUUAAAUAGUUAUUUUUAUUUUGUUUACGCCGUGUCACACGAUUAGCGGAUUUUGUCCUUAAGCAGUUGGUUGACCGUAAAGCACGCGCUACAGUUGCAAUUUGAGGAGGGAACCGGUGUUGAAACUCAAUAAAGAGCUGGUACUUUUUAGCAGUUAACGGUGAACGUUGAAACUUGAACAAUGCCCAAGGACACAAUUGGCAAGGUGCAGGAGUACAAGGACUCGCUGAUCACCAAGGCGGAGACACUGAUAACAAAAGGGUUUCCGGAGAAAAUCGUUGAACUGAACGAGCUGCUUUCAACACCCAUGUUCAAUGAGCGCAACUUCAGUGAGGUACAUCAGGAUCUAAACAUUCCGGUCUUGGCGCCAGUGCUGGUCAACAAUCAUGACGGCGAUGUUGACAUCCGUGACGAUGAUCAUCCCGUGACAAAGCGACCGCGCAAAGACGAUAAUGUUGCAGUGUCGGGAACAACCGUAUUGGGACUUCCGGGUGGCACAGUGCCGUGCAACAAGCCGCUCUGUGAGAUGAUCAAGGUGGUCAAACCGAUCAUACGUAAACUGGUUGAGGAUUCGAACCUUUUGAAAAUGUGGAUUUCAUUUAUGAUACCCAAAAUUGAGGAUGGCAACAAUUUUGGUGUGUCAAUUCAGGAGGAUACUCUCGCCGAAAUCCAGACCGUCGAAUCGGAAGCGGCUGCCUUCUUUGAUCAGAUAUCACGUUACUUCCUAACGCGUGCCAAGGUUGUCUCCAAGGUCGCCAAGUAUCCGCAUAUCGAUGAUUACAGGCGUGCCGUUGUCGAGCUGGAUGAGAAGGAAUACCUCAGUCUGUGGCUGGUUGUUUGCGAGGUUCGCAAUCGUUACUCCUCGCUGCACGAUAUAGUUAUUAAGAAUCUGGAGAAACUGAAGAAGCCACGUUCAUCCAACACCGAGAGCUUAUACUAGAGAGAGGCGUGCCCAUUUAUUAUUAAAUAUUUUGCUUAACAUUUACAACGACCACAACACGACCUAUAUAGAGAACACACACACACAAAAAGGAAAUCGCCAGCCAAUCGCAAACACAUCCAGAUCCAGAGCCCAGAAUCCAGAUCGCCUAGUACUGCGGUUAAUGUUAAAUCCUCUCGAAAUUUCCUUGCAGCCCCGCCCCGCCCUACAUUGAACUCUUUGUUAUUAUUCGUGAAGUAAAAAGUUGUAAGACAUUUAAACAAUUUGAUAACAACUUGGACGACAUGUAAAUGGCGAAAAGUUCUUAAGGAAAGUUUAAGAUAAUAAAAUAUUUGGGUAUCUAGAUUAUAAUCUAGAUUAAAGUAAUAUACAAACAAAA